AUGGAGUUUCGUGGUCGUAUUUUUCCACUUUCUCUUAUGCUUUCCAUUUUUCUGUUUUCUCUCAUUCAUCUUGGUGUUAGUAUUGGUAUUAUUGUUGAUUUCCGUAAAUAUGGUGACAUUUUUCGUCCACAAAUUGGACUAUCUGGUUACAAUAUUGCUAUCAGUUUUUUUGGUUUGUUGACUGGUGUCAUAGGUCUACUCGCAAUUACACUCGGUUCAAAAUUAUUAAAAACAAUUGCUUUUAUUGUAUCUGGUCUAGUAGGCAUCAUGGCACUUGCUUCAUUAGUAACUGCAAUUAUUAUAAAUGCAAAGUCAUUCAGUUACGUGAGAUCACAUUUCACAGGCAAAAUGAUGAACUACAUGGCUAGCCCAGGUGACAUGGCGACAAUCGAUAAUUUACAAAAUCAUUAUAGCUGCUGUGGUGCGAAUGCUUGGAUUGAUUGGGCGAAUGCUAAACUAGAUGCAGCAUCACCGACGGUAAAUAAAACAACUGUAAUGACCACUACAAUGAUGACGACAACUACUACUAACACCUCGGCUGCUGCUACUAAUACCACCACUAUGUCUGGUGCUGUUACUACUAACACCCCGGCUGCUGCUACUGAUACUAUCACUACUAAUACUGCUGCUACUGCUACUGAUGCUACAAAACAAUUGAAAAGAGAUGUCCAUGAUAUCAAUGAUCAAGAAAGCCUUUCGUUGGCUGGUUCUGCUAGACAAAAACGUCAAGCAUCAAUUGUUUAUGGUGGUAUCUACGGUCUGCCACUUUCAUUUGGUGUUACUUUACCUUACUCUUGUUGUACGGCUGGGGCAUUGCUAGACAAUAGUACAAGCAUGUUCUUUUGCAUAUCAAAUGCAAAUGGCGCUGUCAAUCAUUUUUAUUCAGUAGGAUGCGUAAAAGCAAUUCAAGUUGUUGCUGGCAAUCAAGCAAUGGGUUUUGGUGUUAUUAAUUCUUUUCUGGUUGCCUUGGCAUUUGUUGCCAUGCCUGUAUUGCUACUAGAUCCAUCCGGUUUAUCCAGUGGCAUGUAA